GCUUCAAAUGCGCCGGCGCAAACAUGAGCACCGAGAUGCUCCACCUUGAUAUGGCCAUGGACCUGGACUCCGGCAGACAGAUCGAUCCCGAUGUUCAAGCCACCCUCAGCGACUUCCUCACGUAUAGCGAGCACCUUCCCUCGACGGUGACGCGCAGUCUGUUCCUCAUACAGAGCCUGAACCGCAAGGCCGAUGACCUUCAGCUCGAGAUUCACAAUCUUCUGUCCAAAUACAGUAGCCUUCCGCAAGCCACGGUGAAUGCGACAGACGCGCCUGAUCCCGUCCAGUUGCGGAGGGACAUCAGCCAUGCUUACGACUCUCUGGAGAAAUGCAAGCGCAUGUCGGCUGCUGAAGCCAGCCGUCUCGAAGAGACCAUCGUCAAAGAUUCGACAAAGCUGCAGCUUGUUCAGCGCAAACUGAAAGCUUUGCCUCUCCCACCCGAACGCGAUGCGACACCCGAACCUGGUCUGACCUCUCCCCAACUGAGAAGAAACGCCCAAGCCCAACAACAAGCUGAGAAGCGUACUGCUCAGCAUCGCACUGGUACUGCGCCACGCGUUAGACCUCAGAAAAUAGUCGUCCCUNNGGCGAGGUUCUGCCACCUCCAAACCCAGACUCUCCUCCGCCAUCCGACUUCUCACCCUCUCCUUCUCCUCCGCCUCGCUCUCCCAGCCAUGAUAAAUCUCGCGAUCACAAGAAAGCUGCUGGAAGGCUUCCCAAGACACCAAAGCUUCCCAAGUCUGCCACAGAGUCCAAAGAGGCUACACAGAAANCCACCUCGUGUGCGCUUGCCUGGUUCCUCUGGCACAAAUGCACACUCGGCUGUUGCUGGCAUCAGCACUUCGAAUGCACUGAUGGCUCUGACCGCUCCACCUGCCGAUGCAGCUCCUGGUAGCAAGUGGCUGCCAUGGAAGAGGCUCACCGAGUACGAGAUGGCCACGCUGCGCAAGAGGAUGAAGAAGAAUGCAAUUUGGCUUCCAUCACCUGCUAUGAGAAACCGCGAGCUUAAAAACCUUGGUAGAGGUAUAACUGCUAUGGAAGAAGCAAAAGCUGCUGCUGAAGCCUCUGGUCAAGAGUUUGUCGACGAAUUCGACCCUCUUACGUGGACAGAUCCUACCUGCAUCCACAUCACCGACGCACAACAGGCCGAGACUGCCAAAAUGCUUGGCCCAGAGUUGCCAGACGACAACCAGGAUGCCGCACUCAUCAACCGUGGCAUGCGUCUNCAACGAGGCCAAAAAGCUCAAACGCGAAAAGCUCAAGGCCGAGGAGGCUAUAAGAUUGCAAGAGGAGGCUGGCUUGCAACCUCNCUCCUGAGCAGAACAAGGAGAAAAAAUCUCCUCAAAAGGCACAGCCAAAGUCAAAGUCGCAGGCGCAAGUGCAAUCACAACCGCAAACAGAGCCAGCUAAGCCAGCAGAGCCCGCUGAGCCGCCUAAAGUUCAGUCGGAGACAGCCAUGGAACAACAAGAGGUGGUUCAAGCACCUGUUGUCGAGAACUCAGUGCCUCCUACCGAACCAAAAGACAAGCCUGAGCCAAAACAGAAGAAACAGUCCAAACAAAAGUCUGCUNCCUGCGCCAGAGCCCGUUCAGCCUAAUGAUGUGCCUGUUGCUCCAGCACCCGCACAACCUGAACCUGUUGCGGAAGCGUUGACUACACCAGAACCUGCUCAAACUGCUGAGCCCGAGACAAUCGCAGAACCGGUUACGACCAGAAAGCGUAAACGGGAUGCAGCCACUCCUGCCGCAGCACCAUCUCCACCUGAGCCUGUCGCAGAAUCCCCUGACCGCACCACAGCCAAAAAGAUAAAACUGAGCGUUGCUCCUCCACCACCAUCAUCAGACACGCCUACCAUUACUAUUUCUACGCGUGCUGUCGCUGCUAGAACACAACGCAGUCAGCGCAAUUCUGCGCAACCCGAGCCCGAGGUCGGACCAAGUGAACCAGCCGCUCAGACUCCAGCUGCGAAUACAAGGGCAAUGAGACCGACGACGAUCACUCUCAAACAUUCAGCUACCAAGGCUGCGUCGGCAGAGCCAGCCAAUACACGACAAAGCUUACGCCGUGGCUCCAAUGCGUCGCUGCCCGGUUCUGGAAACAACAAACUCCGCUCUCCUGCUCCUGGUAACGUCGCUGGUUCGGCAGAAACCAGUACUGGAAGACGACCUACUCGCAGAAAGCCGCCUCAGGGUGUUCUCCAAGCUGAAGAGAACGGUACAAAGGUCAUAGUAGGCAAACCCAAGGGUGCUUCAAAGAAAAAGAAGAAAGAGGCCAAGGAAGAGACUGCCACACCUGCCGUCGAAGAUGAGUUGAUCGAUCCUGAUGAGCCACGCUAUUGUAUCUGUGGAGACGUCAGUCACGGCACCAUGAUUGCUUGUGACAAUGAUAGCUGUGAACUUGAGUGGUUCCACCUCGAAUGUGUCGGCCUCACAGAACUUCCCGGAAGGAGGGCCAGANNGUGGUAUUGUCCAAUCUGCCGCGAGAAGCUCAAGAUCGGACUGGACAAGAAUGGAAUUGCCGGA